AGGGCGGCCUCCAGCCGCCGCCCGCCGGGAUGUCGUCGUCGCCGCCCGCGCCCUCCGCCUGCGCCGCCAUCUCGGCCGCGGAGAAAGUGGACGGCUUCACCCGGAAAUCGGUGCGCAAGGCGCAGAGGCAGAAGCGCUCGCAGGGCUCGUCGCAGUUCCGCAGCCAGGGCGGCCAGGCAGAGCUGCACCCCCUGCCCCAGCUCAAAGAUGCCACUUCAAAUGAACAGCAAGAGCUUUUCUGUCAGAAGCUGCAACAGUGUUGUAUACUGUUUGAUUUCAUGGACUCUGUUUCAGACUUGAAGAGCAAAGAAAUUAAAAGAGCAACACUGAAUGAACUGGUUGAGUAUGUUUCAACUAAUCGUGGUGUAAUUGUUGAAUCAGCGUAUUCUGAUAUAGUAAAAAUGAUAAGUGCUAACAUCUUCCGUACUCUUCCUCCAAGUGAUAAUCCGGAUUUUGACCCGGAAGAGGAUGAGCCCACGCUUGAGGCCUCUUGGCCUCACAUACAAUUGGUGUAUGAAUUCUUCUUGAGAUUUUUGGAGAGUCCUGAUUUCCAGCCUAGCAUUGCAAAGCGAUACAUUGAUCAGAAAUUUGUACAACAGCUCCUGGAGCUUUUUGAUAGUGAAGAUCCCAGAGAACGUGACUUCCUGAAGACUGUUCUGCAUCGAAUUUAUGGAAAAUUUCUUGGACUAAGAGCAUUCAUCAGAAAACAAAUUAACAACAUUUUCCUCAGGUUUAUAUAUGAAACAGAGCAUUUCAAUGGUGUUGCUGAGCUCCUCGAAAUACUAGGAAGUAUUAUCAAUGGCUUUGCAUUGCCACUGAAAGCAGAACAUAAACAAUUUUUAAUGAAGGUUCUUAUUCCUAUGCAUACUGCAAAAGGAUUAGCUUUGUUUCAUGCUCAGCUGGCAUACUGUGUUGUGCAGUUCCUGGAGAAAGACACAACAUUGACAGAGCCAGUGAUCAGAGGACUGCUAAAAUUUUGGCCAAAAACAUGCAGCCAGAAAGAGGUGAUGUUUUUAGGAGAAAUUGAAGAAAUCUUAGAUGUCAUUGAACCAACACAGUUCAAAAAAAUUGAAGAGCCACUUUUUAAGCAGAUAUCCAAGUGCGUCUCCAGCUCUCACUUUCAGGUUGCAGAAAGAGCACUGUACUUCUGGAAUAAUGAGUACAUUCUUAGUCUGAUUGAAGAGAAUAUUGAUAAAAUCCUGCCAAUUAUGUUUGCCAGUCUGUACAAAAUUUCCAAAGAACACUGGAAUCAGACCAUUGUAGCACUGGUGUACAACGUGCUGAAAACCCUAAUGGAAAUGAAUGGCAAGCUUUUUGAUGACCUUACUAGCUCAUACAAAGCUGAAAGACAGAGAGAGAAGAAAAAGGAAUUGGAACGGGAAGAACUGUGGAAAAAAUUAGAAGAGUUGAAACUAAAGAAGGCUCUAGAAAAUCAGAAUAGUGCUUACAACAUGCACAGUCUUCUCAGCAGUACAGGUGCUGAAUAAAGAUCAGCUUCCUACCACUGCUGGAUGGGCAGUUUUGUACACUUUUUGAAAUACAGAAAAACUUCAAAGCGAACCUCAUCAGUAUAAUAUAAUUAAAAGGCCAAUUUUUCCUAGCAAGUCUAAGUGAAAAAAAUAUGGAUUAAACAUAGCCCCAUGCUGUAUCAUGGCCACCGUAUAUUGUAACCUUUGUCUGCUCAUUGAUUGUGUCACUUUUGAAGUUUCACAGAAAUGAAUUUUAUCAUCUGAUAUGAGUGAGGUAAUUAUGGGAGUGGUAAGAAUUAUGACUUGAAUUGAUUGUGUUGCACAUAGAUCAUCUAAGUAGGCCGCUCUGUACAUUUUCCCUUUUAUAAUGUGCUUUUCACAUUGCUGCAGACCUUAGUUAAUCCAAGGAAAGAACCCUUUCUAGGGAAACAGAGGCAUCUGUCCUUCCCUUUGUCUCCUAGAAGAUGGUGGGAUAAAAGCCCUCCCCCAAAAUCUUACUACACUCUGGGUUCUGAAAAGCCUCAUGUUUUCAGGCUUCUAAAGCACAAAAUAUAAAAGCUGGGGGAAAGUAAACCAAACUUCUUCUGUCCCCAAAUACCUCCCUUCAGCAGCUGCAACCCCAGGUGUGAACAGAGUAGUGGCUGCAGGGUGGAUGCUAGGCUCACCUCUCCUUCAUUCCUCUAAUCUCCUCGGGCUGGAGGCAGGGCCUUUCCAGUCCCUGACCCACCCUGCCCAGCCCCACCAGAUGCAGGCAGGAGGCUGAGUCCCACAGUGUGAUGUAGGCUGCUAGCUGUCACUGCCUGGCUUUAAAGGAAAUGCAGUAGGCGUCCUCUGAGACUGACUAUGUAGAAGUCUUGUAUGUUCUUACCUGGUCAAGUAUUUCUUACAUCUUUUGUUAUCAGAGUACCAUUCCAAUCUUGCCUUGCAGUUGUGUUUUAUAAUAAAAGAUCUUCACUGGGGACUGAGCAGCAUUUAAUAAAGCCUAUGUUUGUAUUUUG